AUGCAACCGCUACGUCCAGCUCCAGAUGACUGCUGUCUUCCAAUGGAAGGCAUUCAUAGAUGUGAGCUAUCCGAAGACAACUUCCGCCACCGCCGGUUUAAGAACUGGUUCCUGGUCCAGCUCUUCCUAUCAGUUUUCUUCACCAUGGGAGCGUUGGUCGCAGUGUAUUACCUAAACUCACAGCAAGAUCUCAGUUCGACCCAAGACGCAUGGGAUUCCCAAUUCGACCGCCGCACCCCCCGUGCGGUGGUGCUGAUCGGCAUGUCCCUGCUGCUGGUGUCGGCCCUAGGUCAUGCUCUGGCUAUCCGAGCUGUCCAGAAGAAGUGGGCCACCGUGCUCUCGGCCUACACCAUAAUCAUGAUCGUCGCCUGGUGCUUGGCCGGCUGGGAGCUGACGAUUCACAAGCGUGGCGGGAUUAACAUUUGCGUGAUCUCGCUGUUCAUCUACCUAUCCAACAAAAACGUCGUGGCCAUGAAGACCUGCCCGGAUUGCUAC